GCUCUCUUUCUCUUCACCCCACUGAACUGAACUCACAAUCCAGGACUCGCAAGUUCAUCCUUUGGCACCAGCACAAAAUUGGAAACAGGAAAGAUCAUCCAAUGGCACAGACUAGGAUGAGAAUUGUGGCCCUGGUCUUGGCCAUGGUGGCGGCUGGAGCGGCGGCUCAGUCGUCGAGCUGCACGAACGCGCUGAUCAGCAUGUCCCCCUGCCUCAACUACAUCACGGGCAACUCCUCGUCCCCGUCCUCGAGCUGCUGCUCGCAGCUCGCCAACGUGGUCCGCUCGGAGCCACAGUGCCUGUGCCAGGCCCUCAACGUGGGCGGCUCUUCCCUCGGUAUCAGCAUCAACCAGACCCGGGCCCUCGCCGUGCCCAGCGCUUGCAACAUUCAGACUCAACCGAUCAGCCGUUGCAACGCAGCUGCUUCGCCCUCCGCAUCGCCUACCGGAGCUCCUGAUACCCCCAAUGCAGUUCCUUCAGAUUCCGGAACGAAAGAGGUACCAACGACCGAACAAGACGGCUCAUCAGCAGGAAGCAUCGCCGAGCUGUCGAUUCCGCUUCUGUUUGCCCUGCUCUUCGCAGCAUCAUAUGCCUCAGCUAAUACCUAAUAUCUACUGUCUAGUUUCAGACCCCUUUCGUUGACCCCCACCACCACCGUUUCCACAUUUCUUUUGUCAUCAGAAUGUAUUCGUUCAUCUUCGUUCUUCUCCUUUAGCUCGAGUGGCACAUGUAUUACAUAAUUCUUUAUGAUCUUAGACGUAUAGAAUACGUAUCUA